AGCAUGUUUAUCAGCUUGUCGGAGACUCUAUGAUAUUUUUUUCAGGAAAACGAAGAAAAACAAAAUGUCAAAUAAACUCGAUUUCAAAUGACACCACAUUGAAAAUCAUGAGAACACAAACAUUAAUAUAAUAACCAAACAAAACAACCAAACAAACAAACAAAUACCAUGCAACGAGCACAAGGAAAAAUGUAACUGUAUACUUGCAAAAAAUAAAAUAGAUUUUUAUCACACAGCAAAAUAAAUUCCAAAAAAGUGCAUUUCAGUAGAAUGGGGAAGCUGCAAUACAACCUGUACACUGAUUCCGAGGAAACUGAGGACACGUCCAGCUCGGUGGAAUGUGCGAAAAAGAAGAAGAAGAAAAGAUUCUCCAUACUGAAGUACUCAGCAAACAACGUGAAGAAAAAACACAAGCACAGCAAGUCUGAACCGGAUUAUUCUGGUCUACGCACAGUGAGCAGCCAUCGCGUGCGAUACAAGCUGCCGGGGAUUCUGAAAAACAACAACUAUAACAACUAUACAUACAAAGAACGCGAGUGUUCAUCGGAAGAUGAGGAUGAAGUGGACUACCCGAAGGUACACCUGUCCAAAGACAAGUGUCUCGUGGGCCGCGUGCCCCUGGUGCCCGGGUCAAGGUCGGGCCGAGGUGGAGGCGUCGCAAUUCUAGUCAGGAAAAAUGUUAGUGUAAUGCAACCCCAGCAGAGCACAAGUAGCACAAAGCGGAAAAGAAAGACCAAACUGAAUAGGAAGCGAUCGUAUUGACCCUUUGUCGACUGGCAGAAAACUGCAUUCGCCGUUCGCCCACCCACUCGUCGACAUUUCGAGACAAUGAUAAUUAUGAUUUAUGAGUUCCGUGAUCAUAAACUUGUGUGUACAGUGACAUUACCAAAUACAAUGACAUAUAAACGUACAGUCCGAUUAAAAGAAAACUACAAUUUUUA